CUAGACGCGACCGCAGCCCUGACGCAGGUCUCCUCGCCGCAAGCGGGGGCCAACGUGCUCUUCCUGGGCACCACGCGGGACACCUUCGGGGCCCGGGCGGUCGCCCAGCUCAGCUACACGGCGUACCCGCCGCUGGCGCUGAAGACGCUCGCCCAGAUCGCGGAGGCCGCGGUGCGCGCCCACGGCCUGCUCGGCGUGGCGAUCGCGCACCGGCUCGGCGACGUGCCCAUCGGCGAGAGCAGUAUCGCCAUCGCGGUGAGCGCGGGCCACCGCGGCGCGGCGUGGCGGGCCGGCGAGGAGGUGCUGGAGCGGUGCAAGGCGCGGGCCGAGAUCUGGAAGCGCGAGGUGUUUGUCGAUGGCGGCGGGGAGUGGCGCGAGAAUCGGGAG